AUGGGAGUUGGUUGGCUUCGAUGGGGCAUAACACCAGAUCUUCGGAGAAGCGACUCCAUGCAUGAGGAUGCACUCUGGAAGAAGGCUUUGCCACUGUCUACAGCACUGCCGGGCACAGUCUCCUCUCGCCUCCCCGCGUAUGUCGCAGUUUGGCGGCUCCGUGCAGUGAGCAAAGCUUGGAAUCGGGCGACAGUACGGGCGUGUUUGAUGAGACAAGCAGACCAUUGGACAGCGACAGAGCUGAUGAGAGUCUCAUGCUCCUAUUUUGAGGGUGGCGGUGCUGACUUUCUAGCUAGACGGCUCGUUUUCGAGCCGUUGUGUGGAAACGAUCCACUAAGAGGCGAUGCACGGAUGAUCAUGAUCAAGGGAAACACGAAUAGCUGGGAACCUCCAGACGAAAUUGAGCGUUCCGACGGUAGCUUUGUCUGUGAGAUGCUCGAGAACGAGAAGGCCAUUCUCAGAAUAAAUAUUAUGCGCAGAGGAGUAAACGGGUCCCUGCAUCCUGAAGAGCACGUUCUGUCGCUAGGACAGGCUUUGUUUGCGAAUACCGUUGUUAGCGGCUAA